CAUGUCAGAUACGGCUAACGCUACUAGACAAGCAUUGGCCGAACGUUCUCCCGUUCUUAGAGAGGAACAAACGCGCUUUCCGGUAAGAAUAAUCAAAUUUAGAAUAUUGCCGACAAGUCCGAAGGAAGAAAUGAUGGGCAAUAAGUCCAUCGAAAAUCUUUUUUGCAAACCAGUUGCGGAUGCCGCAUCUAGCGCAAACUGUUUCAAAGUAUUCUCGCAGGUAGAGUGCAGAUGGCGCCUCAAAAAAAAUGUAGCGAGAAUACUGAGUGCAGAUGGCGUGGAAAGACAAGGUGAAUAUUGGGGUUUUCCUCUAAAAAUAAACGAAAAAGCCGGCAGACAGCCGGAACAACCUGGUAUGGAAUACAUCGACGUAGUGGUAGUAGGAAACGGUCCAAGCGGUCUAUUCACAUCGUAUGUUUUGUCUGGUCAUUGGCCUUAUUUGAGGGCAGACGCUGAACAUCCUUUGAUCAAGCAUUUAUCUUCCAAGAUAUCGCUAAUUGAACACGAUUUGGAUUUACUAUCUCAAUUGGCAGUAGACGGAAGAUCGAGCAAUCCUAUACCGAAACUAAUAGACUCGUUACGAUGCCCAGGAGCCGAUGUGGGAUCGGAAGAAGAAUCGAAUUUAGAAUGGAAAUAUCAUCCAGAAAGGGCCAUAAAUCACGUGGUAUUAGGAAAAAGCGAAGGAGGCGGUGUCUGGAAUAGUCUCGAUUCUAAAUAUGAGCAAAAAACUGUGAGCAAAGCUGGCUGGAUGGAGUUGCCUGGUCUGAAAUAUACGGCCCAGAAUCGUUUCCAGCGAGCUGUACCCAAUGAUUUACGAAGAUAUUAUAAAGCCUAUUCUGGCCUAGUUUCAGAUUAUAUUCGACCAAACACGACCGUCACGUGCGUAGAACGAGUAUUGGACGUUGCGCACGAGAUUGACGCAGAAAGCGGUGAACAGAUACCGUGUUCACGUUCUCAUUUCGGAUGUCAUAAGUACGACGUUCGAGGGCAUCAGACAGAUCCUUUAACAGGCAAAACGACGUCUUUCUGCUACAGAGCGUCUUAUGUUGUUUUGGCAACUGGCCAGUCAGAUAUUAAAGAAAAACUGGGCGUUAUCGGCGAACACGAAGACUACGUAGUUAAUAAUGUUAGGGACGUUUUAGUAGAUUUCAAUGAUUCAACAGAUCCAGUUUUAGUAGUUGGAGCCGGAUUAAGUGCUGCUGACUCAAUUCUGACAUUAUUAGAAGCUGGUGUGCCCGUUCUACACGCAUUCCGAAGGGAUCCGAAAGAUCGGGCCCAUAUCCUCCGUAAAGUGGCCUCAAAAGCUUAUCCAGAAUAUAAAAAAGUUAUGUCUCUUAUGAAAGAAGAAUUACGAGACGAACUCUACACACCCCUACCUCAGCACCGUGUCCUUGAACUAUUCAGCGCUGGCCACGUGCUACUUGAAAACUCCAAUACUAAUCAUUUCGUCCGAGUGCGCAAAGUUCUUGUUGCAAUAGGCACACGACCCGACCUAUCAUUUCUUCCAGGGGACGGUCGAAAUUUGGGCAUAGUUGAUGACGCUCCGAUUUCUGUUAAACAUAACCCUAUCGAUAUUGAUCCCGUAACGCACCAGAUAACGAGGUCACAAGGGAUGUUUGCAAUUGGGGCUUUGGCAGGAGACACUUUUGUGAGAUUCAUUCCUGGUGCCGUAGUUGCCGUCGCCUCACACUUAUGGCACCGAAAACAAAACUCUGCUUGA